AUCUCAAUUAACUAUUGUAGUGAAAUUUUUUUAUAGUCACUGAUGUUAAAAAUAUAUUUUAGUAAGUCAUAUUAAGAUGUCUUGGAUAUUUGGAUUAAAUAAGGAGCCUACAGCUCCACAAGAUUUUCAACAUAUGGUUCCGCCUGCUGCAGGAGGCAGUGGCGUUAGUGGUGGUAGUAGUGGAGAAGAGCCAAAUAAACCAAGGCCUUGGUCAAAUUUUGAUCCUUCCGGUUUGGAAAGAGCUGCAAAAGCUGCAAAAGAGUUGGACAGUGCAAAGUAUGCAAAAGAGGCUUUAGAGCUUGCUCGUCUUCAAGAAUCCACAAAACAGAUGGAAUAUCAAACAAGUCUAAAGGAGUAUGAGCUUAAUAUGGAGCGAAUACAAAUCGAAAAGACCAGGGUGCAGCAGGAGGAAAGACGUAAAACACUUGCAGAGGAAACAAAACAAAACAAUCAGAGAGCUCAGUUUGCUGAUCAACUUGCUAGAAAACGUUAUGAUGAUCAAUUGGUUCAACAGAAAAAAAUGAAUGAUGAAAAUUUGCUAAGACAAGAAGAAUCAGUUAAAAAACAAGAAGCCAUGAGAAGAGCUACAAUUGAGCAUGAAGCAGAAAUUCGUCAUCAAAACGAAAUGAAGCAACUUACAGCAAAAAUGAGGGCAAAAGGAGUAAUAGAGAGAGAAAAUAAAGAUAUUCGCUUAGAACAAAUUAAAUUAAAAGCUGCAGAACACAGGGAGACAGUUUUGCAAUCUCUUAAAGCUGCAGGGGCCAUUAUUGGAACAGGAGUUACAAAUUUUCUUUCAGACUGGGACAAAAUAUCUGCUUCUGUAGCUGGUUUGUCAUUGUUAGCUGUUGGUGUAUAUGCUGCAAAGAUGGGUACAGGUGUUACUGCAAGGUUUAUUGAGGCUCGUUUGGGUAAACCAUCAUUAGUUAGAGAAACUUCAAGGCUAACAAUGUUAACGCUUGUCAAACAUCCAGUUCAAGCAGCGAAACGAUUGUUUGUUAAUCCAGAAGAUGCACUUAAAGGGAUUAUUUUAGAGCCAAAAUUAAAUGAACGUUUACAUGAAAUCGCACUUUCAACCGCGAACACACGAAGAAACCGUGGUAUGUACAGAAAUUUAUUGCUUUAUGGACCUCCUGGAACUGGUAAAACUAUGUUUGCUAAGAGUUUAGCUUAUCAUUCUGGACUUGAUUAUGCAAUACUUACUGGUGGAGAUGUUGCUCCUAUGGGAAGAGAUGGUGUCACAGCAAUGCACAAAGUAUUUGAUUGGGCUUCUACUUCACGAAGAGGUUUACUUUUGUUUGUGGAUGAGGCAGAUGCAUUUUUACGAAGAAGAAGCACAGAACACAUCAGCGAGGACUUAAGAAGCACACUUAAUGCUUUCUUAUAUAGAACUGGUGAAUCUUCACGAAAAUUCAUGGUUGUUUUGGCAAGUAAUCAACCAGAUCAAUUUGAUUGGGCAAUAAAUAAUCGAAUAGAUGAGCUGGUGGAGUUCAAGUUGCCUUCCUUCGAAGAAAGAGAAAUGUUGGUGCGCAAAUAUUUUGAGGACUACAUUUUAAAUGCGGCUACACGAGGUUGGAGAUCUAAUCGUAUUAAAGUUGCUGACUUUGACUUCAGUGCAAAAUGUCGACAGAUAGCAGCAGAUACAGAAGGUCUUUCCGGUAGAGAAAUUGCUAAGCUUGGCGUUUCUUGGCAGGCAAGUACAUAUGCAUCGGCUGAUGGUAUAUUAACUGAGAGCAUUCUAGAUGCCAGGGUUCGCGAAAUGAUUUCUCAACACAAGAAAAAAGUGGAGUGGCUGAACGAAGACUCUACUGAAAAUAAAUCAUAUUUAGAACCUCCUCGUACACGGACUACGUGAUCUUCAUAAAAAUCAUUUAUCGAUCAGUGUUUAAUAAAUAUUUUUUUAUUA